GCUAUGAUUGCAAUAUUAACCAAAACAUGGAGAUUCAAAGAGAGAGCUGUUAAAGCGAUGGCAGUUUUAUCCAGAUUUCAAAAGUCAAAUACAUUAAAAAGCAGCCAACGAAUAGACACAAACAGCCUCUCAUCUCUCUCACAUUCCAAUGUUAAAAGCACGUUUGAUGCCGUAUACAACCUGUCUAACAACAAAAACGUACCACAGCUCAAAGUAGAACAAAUCAAAAUAGAAAAUACGGAUAAAAUUGAUGAUUACGCUGUGUUUUUGGAAUUGAAUGUGGACCAAUCAACAGCUGCUACGGAUAAUGAGAUUUGUUCAUGGAAACUAGAACCUUGUGAGGCAAAUGAGAAGAGUAUUGAUGAUGAUGAGAUCCAGCAUAUGACAUCCAAAGCUGAGACCAGCGAUCAUUUGGCUACAUCAAAAUCAUCUGGCAAAUCCUCAAAACAAGCACCAAAGAAAGUAGAAUAUCACCAAAAAACAUUUGACGACGAAGAACUGAUGCAAUACAGGGAGAAACUGAAGAUUGGCAUUACGAAUUGGCGAAAGUCUUACAAAGGCUAUAACUACAAGUGUGAAAAGUGCGUUCUUGGAUGGACGAAGCAGCCCGCCUGGGAGAAACACAAGGAGACACAUGAGGAGAAAAGUGGUCGGUACGAGUGUCAUAUCUGCGAACAGAGAUUCCCCCAGCGUAAAGCGCGUGACACUCACACCCUCGCGCACUACAGAUAUUACGAAUGCCUGCAGUGCGCUUUCCGCCACCACACACUGGGAGUGCUCACUACGCAUGUGCAGAGAUGUCACACAGAACACGAGUGUAAAAUAUGUCAUACUGUUUUGUCAAGCUACAAUGAACUCAAAAAUCAUACCAAGUCAGCUCACGAGAAGAAGUUGAAGUGUGAUAUCUGCGAUAUUACAUUCGCAUCGUCAUGGAGUCUAUCUCAGCAUAUGAGAAGACACGCGGGCCUGCUGCCGGUGUUCGAGUGCGCUGUUUGUCACAAGAAGCUCACCAGCAGGGGCUCCUUGAAGGCACACACGCAGAUGAUACACGCUUACAACGGCUCGCAGCUCGACGAGGGCGCGUACUGUGUGGAGUGCGAGCUGCAGUUCAAAAGCACGCAGCGAUACCGGAGACACCUGAGAACUAGCACUAAGCAUACAGAUGCAAGAUUCGAGUGUGCAGAUUGUGGCCUCAAGUGUUCUUCUAAAAGCAACGUGCGGACUCACAUCGAGGUACACCACCUGAGAAUACCCAGAUACGAGUGUAAAAUAUGCAAUCAGAAAUUCAUCACAGCUCGGUUUAGAAGCAAGCACGACCGCGCCACACACCGAGGCGCCACGCCGGCGGAGCGGAAGCACGUGUGUGAACUGUGCGGGAACAAAUUCACGGUGGCGAAAACCCUCCAAGAGCACUUGAACUCGCACUACGGCCGCCGUCCGUACGAGUGCGCUGUUUGCGGAGACACAUUCUCGCACAGCGGAGCGCUCUACACACACAAUAAACUUGUACAUUUGAAACGGAAAAUAGUUAAAUAAAAUAUAUAAGAAAGCAUU